AUGCUUCUUAGGAACGUCUUGACCAGAAGCAUAACAUGCGCCACCAGGGUGCCUCGUAGCUCGUUCAUCACCCCAGCCCGUUCCUUUCAAAUCUCAUCUUUUGUAUUGGCCAAGAAUAAGAAGAAUUCUUCAAAAGGUUCCUCUAAAAAGGGCAAGAAUGAAGACGUUGAACAAGCAAUUGACCCAGAUGCAAACACUCUUGCUCUCGACUUUGAUGCGAUCAAAUCCAAAUUUGAAGCCGUUGUGGAAGAAUUUAAUAAACAUGCAACCGAGGCAAGACUUGGGAAAACUAACCCAAACAUUUUCGAUAAAUUGAAAGUUGAAGUAGAUGAUUCCCACUUACCAUUUACUUCGGUGGCUCAAACCACUAUUAAAGGUGGCCGUAAUUUCUUGAUUACUGUCUAUGACCCAGCCCAUACACAGAGUGUGAUCAACGCCGUUUUGGGCUCGGAUUUAAACAUGAACCCAAUUAAAGACCCUGCCAACAAGCAAAUGUUGAAAGUGCCCGUACCACCACCAACUGUAGAAAGUAGAAAAGAAGCUUCAAAGCAUCUCAAGGUGAUUUUUGAAAAUUUGAAAAAUGGGAAAUCUGGAUCUUUAUCCAAGGUUAGAGCAGAUGUUCGGAAAGAUAUUGAUAAGCAACUGAAAAAGAAGAAAAAUCUUAGUGAUCAAGAAAAUGCUCUUGUUAAGGAGUUUGAUAAUUUACACAAGGAUUUUACCACCAAGCUUUCUGAUGCUUUCAAAGCUGCGGAAAAGACUCUUUCAAAAUAG